UCUCUUUCUUCUUUCUCUCUGUUUCGUUCUCCCGCUUUCACCCGUGAGAGCGGCUGAACGAAAUUUCUUCUUCCCUUUUUCUCUGAAAACCACCGCCUCAUUUUCGUCUCUGCAACUGCGUGGUGUGUUCUUCGAUUCUCUGCCAUUGUUGGUUGGAUAAUUCUAGAAUUAUCCAAUGUUUAACAUUUUCAAAGGGAUAAAAGAUGACAUAGCAGGAAGAAAGUUGUGUUACAAAGAUGAUUGGACUCAUGGGUUGAAAGCUGGAUUUAGGAUAUUGGCUCCUACAGCCUAUAUAUUCUUUGCAUCUGCACUUCCUGUGAUUGCAUUUGGAGAGCAAUUGAGUAGAGAAACAGAUGGAAGCUUGAGCACAGUGGAGACUCUAGCUUCAACUGCUAUUUGUGGUAUAAUACAUUCAAUACUUGGUGGACAACCUAUGCUAGUUCUUGGAGUUGCAGAGCCCACCAUUAUCAUGUAUACUUAUCUCUAUAAUUUCGCUAAACAAAGGGAAGAUUUAGGGUCGAAACUGUUUGUGGCUUGGGCUGGAUGGGUCUGUAUCUGGACAGCCCUUAUGCUGUUUCUCCUUGCAAUAUUCAAUGCUUGCACUAUUAUCACUAGAUUUACAAGGAUUGCUGGGGAGCUUUUCGGCAUGUUGAUCACUGUUCUUUUCAUUCAAGAGGCCAUCAAGGGAAUGGUUAGUGAAUUUGCAAUUCCAAAGGCUGAAAAUCCAAAUGAUGAAAGAUAUCAAUUUCAGUGGCUAUAUACGAAUGGACUGCUGGGACUAAUCUUCACCUUUGGACUUCUCUUUACUGCUUUAAAGAGCAGAAGGGCCAGGGCUUGGCGUUACGGAACAGGAUUCCUCAGAAGCUUUAUUGCAGACUAUGGGGUUCCUUUCAUGGUUUUGGUGUGGACAGCGAUGUCAUUCACUAUUCCAAAGGAAGUUCCAACUGGAGUUCCCCGAAGGCUUUUUACUCCUCUCCCAUGGGAACCUGCAUCGCUGUAUCAUUGGACAGUAAUCAAGGAUAUGGGAAAAGUCCCACCCAUGUACAUUUUUGCUGCCAUUAUACCAGCUGUGAUGGUAGCUGCUCUAUACUUUUUUGACCACAGUGUUGCAUCUCAAAUGGCACAGCAGAAGGAAUUCAAUCUUAAAAAACCAUCUGCUUACCACUAUGACAUGUUAUUGCUCGGUUUCAUGGUUCUGAUAUGCGGAUUACUUGGCAUUCCUCCUUCAAAUGGUGUGCUUCCACAGUCUCCUAUGCACACCAAGAGCCUUGCGGUUCUUAAAAGACAGUUGAUUCGAAAGAAGAUGGUGAGGAGUGCUAAAGAAAGCAUAAGUCAGCAUGCAACUGGUUCUGAGAUUUAUGAUAAGAUGCAAGAAGUGUUCAUUGAAAUGGACAAAUCCCCAAUAACAACUCCAGAUGUUAAUGACUUGAAAGGACUGAAGGAGGCCGUGUUGAAAAUUGAUGAUGGAGACAAGAAUACAUUUGAUCCAGAAAAGCAUAUAGAUCAACACUUGCCUGUCCGGGUUAAUGAGCAGAGAUUGAGCAAUCUAUUACAAUCUGUUCUUGUCGGCUGUGCUGUAUUUGCGAUGCCUGUCAUUAAGUUGAUACCAACAUCAGUACUCUGGGGAUACUUCGCCUACAUGGCAAUUGACAGUCUUCCUGGGAAUCAAUUCUGGGAAAGAAUGUUGCUGCUCUUCAUCACUCCUGGUCGGCGGUACAAGAUUUUAGAAGGGGUUCAUGCUUCUUUUGUUGAGACAGUGCCGUUUAAACACAUGGCCAGGUUUACCAUCCUCCAAUUCGUAUAUCUUUUGAUAUGCUUUGGGGUAACAUGGAUUCCAAUAGCUGGAAUACUGUUUCCUUUGCCAUUCUUCCUACUAAUAAGCAUAAGAGAGCAUCUACUCCCAAAGUUGUUUCAGCCGCACCAUCUAUAUGAAUUAGAUGCAGCUGAAUAUGAGGAAAUUGUUGGUGCACCAAUAAGAAAUCGCAGUCUCUCGUAUAAGGAGGUGGACACAUCUGGAGAGGAAAGUGGUCCAGAAUUCUGUGAUGCUGAGUUACUGGAUGAGUUCACUACUAAUAGAGGAGAGUUGAAACAUAGAGCUGUAUCAUUCAAAGAAAAAGAAGAUAGACAUUUACUGGUCCACCCAGACAGUACUGGAAAUGAGUGAGUGCUAUGCGUUUUGGUAGAGAGAAAGAGAGCGGAAAUGGUAGCGAAGGAGGUAAAUCCUUCGGACAAAAAAGGAGGUGGAAGAAUUAGAAAUCUAUAAAUCAUAAAGAAAGAAAAUUAGGGAGAACAGAGGUGCUCAAGGGUGAAAGUGUUAGAGAAAAACAUACGAAGACAAACAGAAGCAAUCUCAGAGAAGGGGGGGAGCAACUAACAAAGGAAAGAAAGCAGUAUAAUUUUGUUCUGUUUUGGGGUAUAGAGGCAUUUUGUAUUUUCUCUAUUAGAAUGUUCAUAAAAAGGAAAGAAAGUGAUAUAAAUGUGUUCUUAUAAUUUUUCUUCAUCUUUUUUCUGGGCAACACAUAUGUUGUGCAAUCAAAGGAAAAAGGGGAUACUAUUAUAGAAGCUAAAUAAA